AAUAUCUAAACACUUUGCACCGUAUGUCUGAAGAUAUACAGUGCAAAAUCGUAUAGAUAUUUAUAAAGCUCACCCAAAAGACGUAGGUACAGAUAUCGAUCGGUCCAGCGCGCAGCAUCGCGCAGUCUCCGCCCCUAGUAUCCGUGCCGAGCGGCCUAAACCCACAUAAAAUACCCAAAAAAAUGAUAAAACCCAAUCAAAAAUAACCCUAAACCCUAUAAAACACCCCAAAAAACAAAACACAGUGAUUUAUAAAAGUGUUCAAAAUAAGAACGCAACGUAAAGUGUGUUUAAGAAUGAACGUUCGAAAAUUCUAAAAUGGCCGUUCGGUCGGGGUAGGAUAAACUUAGAGUAGUAAAGAAGUCUUCCAUUAGAUUAAGUGUAAAAUAUAAGUGUUAACAAGUCUUCCAAGUAAGCCAAGAUGAAUUUGGGUCGGUUUAAGUUGCCCCCUAUCAAGAAUGCGCUGGAGGUGGCGAUGCAGACGGUCAGACAGCAGAUGCCAGAUAAAGCUGGACCACCGCCGCGUCCACCGCAGGCCGUUAGAUUCGCUAAUCAAGAUAUGGGCGAAAGCUGCGAGCUGUCAACAAUGAACGAAACCACGUCGCCGUCGUACCAAUCGACGAAUCCUACCAAUCCGUUUCUCAGCGGAGAACUACAGGCUGAGGACUCAUUCACCAGCUAUCAGAACACCUUCCCUCAACAGGAGGCACCAAGGACUCAAAGUAUGCAGAGCGUUGACUUCUAUGCGUCAUCAGAAGAGGGUGGUUUUGAAGAAGGCGGCGGCAAGCCGGGUUGCAAGAUCAACGAGUUCCAAGCUGCUUGGAACGUCACUAAUGCUAUUCAGGGCAUGUUCGUAGUAUCCCUGCCAUUCGCCGUCCUCCAAGGCGGCUACUGGGCUAUCGCGGCCAUGAUCGGCAUCGCCCACAUCUGCUGCUACACUGGCCGCAUCCUCGUCGAGUGCCUGUACGAGGACGACCCGGUCACGGGACGACGCGUCCGCGUCCGCGACUCCUACGUCAGCAUCGCCAAGGAGUGCUUCGGCCGGAAAUAUGGUGCUAGGAUCGUUAACAUUGCUCAAAUCAUUGAACUUGUCAUGACCUGCAUUCUUUACGUCGUCGUCUGCGGCGAUCUGAUGAUAGGAACCUUCCCUGAUGGCUCCAUCGACACUCGAUCUUGGAUGAUGCUCACUGGCAUCUUCCUUUUACCUUUGGCUUUCUUGAAAUCUCUUCAAAGCGUCAGUAUGCUGUCAUUUUGGUGUACCAUGAGCCACUUAAUUAUCAACGCUAUUGUGCUUGGGUACUGUAUCCUGUACAUCGGAGAUUGGGGCUGGGGUAAAGUCAAAUGGAGUCUAGAUUUUGAGAACUUCCCGAUAAGUCUGGGUGUGAUCGUGUUCUCUUACACAUCUCAGAUAUUCCUCCCUACUCUGGAAGGCAACAUGGAAGAUCCGGGCAAGUUUGAAUGGAUGUUGAAGUGGUCACACAUCGCGGCCGCCGCUUUCAAGUCCGUGUUCGGAUACGUGUGCUUCCUGACUUUCCAAAACGAUACACAACAGGUUAUAACUAACAAUCUCCGCUCUUCCGGAUUUAAGGGACUUGUAAACUUUUUCCUAGUGGUCAAAGCCAUUCUAAGUUACCCUUUACCGUACUAUGCUGCCUGCGAUCUGUUGGAACGUGCACUGUUUAGGGGUAAGCCUAAGACCCUUUUCCCUGUGAUCUACGCUUUGGAUGGGGAGUUAAAAGUUUGGGGGCUCGCUUGGCGGCUGGGUGUUGUGAUGUUCACAGUCUUGAUGGCGAUAUUCAUCCCACACUUCGCUAUUCUGAUGGGAUUUAUUGGAAGUUUCACUGGUACUAUGUUGAGCUUCAUAUGGCCGGCUUAUUUCCACUUGAAACUGAAAGGCCCGUACCUGGAUAGCCAGACGGUAGCUUACAACUACUUCAUCAUAUGUUUAGGGGUUCUUUUUGGAGUUAUCGGCAUGUACGACUCAGGUUCAGCUUUGAUUAAGGCUUUCCAGAUCGGUCUUCCGUUCUAAUUUUGAGUAAGUAGUUUUAGAUAAUUGUUGAACUAUUUUUAGAUAAUCGCAAAGUUCAUAAAUACGGUUUUGUCGCAGAAGGUUCAUAAUGUUUAAAGGAGUAAUCAUUUAGAGAUGUGAUGGAAAAUGUUUGUAUUCUAGAUCUGUUUAAUGUUUAAGAACGCAAAGCUAAUUUUUAUGUUAUCCAAAGUUGUUCACGUUGUCUUCCAAUGAAUUAUAUGGUUAAAAGAUUAGGAAAUUAAAGUAAUAGAAGAUAAUAUAUUUAAUUAAUCCCAUGUCUUCCAAAAUGCUUGAAUUUCGAUGUUAUUUAACAACGAAGUCUUCCAAUUAUGGUAAUCUGACUAGCUGAUAAUUGCUUAUAUGAUAUUUGGGCAGAUUAAUAUUAUUAUACAUAAUUAUAUUGAUAAUAUUUAACAAGACUUCGGAAUUGUACUAAUUUUUAUAGGCUUCAAGAAUUCCUUAUCUGGCAGCCAAAAGGUAUACGUAGGAUUAUGUCACCGAUU